UGGCUGAAGUUUGAGUCAUCGACUCAUAUAUCUGCCCCACCCACCAAAACCUCUCUCCCCCCGAACUGAUCGGCAAAGACUGGACGAACUGGAAAAUAAGAUGCGUUGGUCCCCUUUUCUAGGGAUCCCAAUUUGCGUGGCUCUUCUCUCUUUCUCGCUCUUCAAGUUUUUCUCUCUCAAAUCUCCCAUCAGUCGUUCUCUGCCUAGAUUAUUUACUGCAGAGGAACUAGCUCUGUACAAUGGAACUGAUACUGGGUUGCCUAUUCUUCUUGGUAUACUCGGGUCAGUGUUCGAUGUAACUAAAGGCAAAAGUCAUUAUGGUGUCGGAGGAGGCUAUAGCCAUUUUUCGGGCAGAGAUGCCUCUCGUGCAUUUGUCUCUGGAAAUUUUACUGGUGAGGGACUUACAGAUAACCUGCAUGGUUUGUCUAGCACUGAGGUGAAAAGCAUCGUUGAAUGGCGAGAUUUCUACAUCAGAACAUACAUAUUUGUGGGCAAGUUAGUAGGUCGCUAUUAUGACAAUGAAGGAAACCCGACAAAGUACUUGAAAGGGGUCGAAGCUAAAGCAGCUAGAGGUGCACAGCUGCUUGAGAAACAGAAGAAAGAAGAAGCUAAACUAGCCAGCUGUAAUUCAAAAUGGAGCCAGGAAGAGGGUUCAGAGGUAUGGUGUGACAAAGGCUAUCCAAGAUUAGUUCAAAGACCUCUAGAAAUAGCUCUGACUGGGAAAAUGAGCAAGCGCUGUGCUUGCUUCCAAGAAGAUCAACUGGGCCAGGCAGGUUUGGAAGUUUAUGAUGGAUGUGAUUACUUUGCCAAUAGAUGCCGAUUAUAGUAAUAGUUCUACGUCUAUAUUCGGUUGCAAAACUAUGUCGAACCUAUUGUAGAUGAUCUUGAAUUCUUGCUUAAUUUAUUUUAUCACAGAAUGAAAACAAAAUUAAUUGCCUGCUAA